UUUCCCAGUUAUAUACGGCUGUCACUGCCUAAAUUUUCCAUUUCUACUGAUGCUGCCCUGGAGAGACCCCUAAAAGAAAUGGGGAUAACCAACGUUUUUGAGGACAGCGCGGAUUUCUCCGGCAUAUCUGAAGAAGUCAGGCUCAAAAUCUCAAAGACGUCCCACAAGGCUGCGCUCAGUGUCACUGAGAUGGGAACAGAGGCAGCAGCUACCAGUUUCGCAGAGUUUAUUUACUUUAGUUUGCCUCCAUCAGUCACUAUCAACAGACCCUUCCUGGUUUUCAUCGUGGAAAACACCACCGGAAGCAUCCUCUUCAUGGGCAAGAUCAACGACCCCACAGCCAAGUGAAGACACACACACACACUUGGAAAUUAAAGGGAUACUUCAC